CGCUAAUACCUUUCUUAGCCAACGCGAGCAAAACCCUCCUUAAACCCUUCCAAAAAAAACACUGAACUCUCUCUCAAUCUCUCCUCCAAAUUACAAUCUUCAUCCAUUCAAGAAGAUGCAAAUCAAAUCUAAAGUUGUACGCUUUUUCUCUCGUUACCAAAACCCCACAAACUUCCAAUGUUUCAGAACAUUUCUUGAUGACAUUGAAAUCAAAUUCGUCCGAGAUCGAGGAUUAGACCACGCAGUAGAGAAAGAAAGAGAUCUCAAAUUUGUGCUCAACCUUAAAAACCUUCUUAAAUCAGAGCCAUCAAAAUCUCUUCCUCUUUCCUCCAUUGUUGACAACAUAGAUAAGCUCAGAAUCCCAUGUCGUCCAAUUGAUUUUAUCCGUAAGUAUCCUUGUUUUUUUGAAGAAUAUUUUCCUGGUAAUGUUGGAAUUCACCCACAUGUUAAAUUAACCCAAGAAAGUCUUCAUCUUGAUUCUGAAGAACAGUUAGUUUAUGAUAGUGUUACAUUUAGGAAAGGAGCUGCUGAUAGAUUGUUGAAACUUUUGAUGUUGUGUAGAGUUAAUGAAAUUCCUUUGAAAUUGAUUGAUAGGCUUAAAUGGGAUUUAGGUCUUCCUGAUAAUUAUGUUGAUACAUUAGUUCCUGAGUUUCCUGAUUAUUUUAAAGUGAAAAAGCUUAAUGAGGCUUCAAUUAGGUCAAAUAGGGUUGAGAGUUUGCUGGAAUUAGUGUGUUGGAGUAAUGAACUGGCGGUUUCGGUUAUGGAGAAGAAGGCAAGGAAGGAGAAUGCUGAGUAUGAAAAGGGCAUGCCUGUUGCUUUCCCUUUGGAGUUUUCUAAAGGGUUUGAGAUGGAUAAGAAGCUGAAGAAGUGGCUUGAUGAGUGGCAAAAGGUGCCCUAUGUUUCGCCUUAUGAGAAUGCAUCUCACCUUCAGCCUAAUACUGAUGUGUCUGAUAAGUGGGUGGUUGCGGUUUUGCAUGAGUUGCUCCAUAUUCUAGUUACGAAGAAGACGGAGAGGGAUAAUAUGCUUUGUAUAGGAGAAUAUUUAGGUCUUAAGCCGAGAAUUAAGCGGGCAUUGGCUCAUCAUCCAGGCAUAUUCUAUCGUUCUGGUAAAAUUGGGACUCAUACUAUGGUUUUGAGGGAGGGGUAUAAGAGAGGUUUGUUGGUUGACAAGAAUCCACUAAUUGAUAUGAGAAAUAAAUAUAUCCACCUGAUGCACAAGGUGAAGGAAGUGCAGAAGCUGAAAAGGGUGCCUAGUUCUAAUGAUACUAAGCAACAAACAAUGAAGGAAGGAGUGACCGAGGAGGAAGAUGAUGGGAAAGGGCCUGGAGAAGAAAUGCAAUUUUCUGACUCUGAUGUGGAUGAUGAAAGCUAUGAUGACGAGGAUGAAGAGGAGGAGCAAGUUGAGAGUCCAAGAGGAGGGUCCAAUAAUGGAGGAAAGGAGUCUACUAUGGUAAUUGAGGGCAGGGGAAAACUAAGAGAGGGUAGGGGGAGGCCUGGGAGAAAUGCUGAUGAAAGUGAUGAUGAUGAUGACACGGAGGAGGAGGAGCAUACUUAUAGCUCAAGGGGUGGGAGUAAUAAUGGAAGAAGAGAAUCUGGCAAGGCGAAUGAGGGGAGGAAAAACCAUUUAGAAGGUAGAGAGAGGCCUAAGCGAAAUGCUUCAUGGGAUGAAAGAGGUGAUGGAAGAAGUGGAUCAGGUAUGGUGAAAGAGAGUAGGGGAAAACCUGGAGAAGGUAGGGAGAGGCCUAGGAGAAAUGCUUCGUGGGAUGAAAGAGGUGGUGAUAGAAGAAGAGGAUCAGGUAAGGUGAGUGAGGGCUGGAAAACACCCGUAGAAGGUAGGGGGAGGACUAGGAGCAAUGCUUUGUGGGAUGAAAGAGGUGAUGGUAAUGGAAGAAGAGGAUCAGGUAAGGUGAAUGAGGGCAGGAGAACGCCUGGAGAAGGUAGGGAGAGGCCUAUGAGAAAUGCUUUGUGGGAUGAAAGAGGUGAUGGUGAUGGAAGAAGAGGAUUAGGUAAGGUGAAUGAGGCCAGGAGAAAACCUGGAGAAGGUAGGGGUAGGCCUGGGAGAAAUGCUCCAUGGGACGAAAGAAGUAAUGGUGACAAACGAGUUGAAAGCUCAAGGGAUCAGUACAGUGAUGGAAGUAGGGGAUCACGUAAGGUAACCGAGGGAAGGAUACACUCUGGAGAGAGUAGGGGCAGGGGUAGGACAAAUGCUUCUCGGGAAAGGUUCGCCAAAACAUAUCCCAGAAGAACUUGAAAAGAGGCGGUGCUGAUUCGUCAAUGUGAAAGGAUACAUUUGAAGCUGAGAACAAAUACAUCCACUUCAAGAGAGCAAAGUUUUGGUCACUGAAUCGCGCAUAGCGCUGUAAAUGGUUCAAUAUCUUAUGUGGAGACUUUGGGAGGCCACACCUGCUAUAGAGUGCAGCUUGGUAUCAACAAAAAAAUUCCACAUAUGAGAGGAUUGGAGUUUGGAUGCAAUUGGUGAGUGACUUGUUGUGACACAAGGUUGCAUCAGUACAAGUAUAAAUUCGUUAAAGAGGCACUGUUUUCUUGAGCAGUGAUCUCUAAAUUUCGGCUACUCCUGUGGUUCAGAAAGGAGCCAGACGAAACCUGGCUUUGUAGGUCUUCCUGCCUCUGUAGUGCUUUCACCAACAUGCUGUUGAAUAAAUUGCUGAUGCUUUGAUCUUUCUGACUGUGGGCUUGUAUGCAUGACCUGCGCAUUGAUAUUCAAUUGCAUGGAUCUGAAAUUUGGAUUUGGCAACCCUUAGAUUGCCUGUAUUGAUUCUGCCUUGUGUAGCAUUUAGGAUGUAUUGAGCUGAAUGAAUGGCGCAGAACUCUUGCUGGUGCAGAUUAACUUCUUCCAAAUUAGGGAUUUUAAUGAAGAUACCCAAGCUUCAUGAGAAAUUUGAAGUACCUGCCAGUUUAUGUGGUUUAUAGUGUUGUUUUGGUCUGUUUUACGUCUGUGAAUUGGGUUCUCGUUUAAACCUUAGUUGUAGUUGAUUGCCGAUCUAUGUAGCUUGGGCUUUUGUCACUCAGUCUCUUCAUUCCUUCCCAAGUACUCAUGUCUGAUUUUCAACAUGCCAACACUGGUAUAGACACUUGACCAGUUGACACUUCAUUUUCGACCAAAAAAACAAUUUUUUUUACAUACAAUAGCCGAGUUCAAUACUUUGACACAUGCCUGUCUCUGACACAACAUAGGCUCAGGAUGCUUGCUAGUAGUUACCACAAAGACAAAGAUGAAACAUUGUGAUAAGGUAGAGAUAGUGGAUGCAGUUUAUGAAAAGGAAAGUGGGUGAUGUAGAUAGUUCAACAAAUGUGAGCUUAAGCUAUUUUGUCUACUCCAAUUAUUUUUAUACCAUAAUAUCAUUGGAUUGGAAGUUCAUGGUAGGUCAGAAUUAAAGCAUUGAUGUUAUGUAAGGACAGUAAGGUUGGUUUCAGAAUGAAGUCUCUGUUGCUCUAAUUAACAAUGGUUUUGUGGUGGGAAAUCCGUAUUGUUUAUUAAUGAGGAAGUGUGAGAAGAUCUAAAACUUUGUGGAUACUAUUGUGGUUAUAUCAUUAAGCAACUUUGGUUGAUGACUGUGACUUUCACUAACAUUUAUGUGCAGGUAAUGGCUUUGACCUCAGAACAGUGGUCCCUCCACCCCAUGUUGAAGGAAGGGCAGAGUGGAAAAAUUGUCUUCCGUACACAUAUUGGACAUAUGUUAUAAUUUCUGUGAGAUAUCCUGGAAAUUCUUGACGGUGGAGAAUGCUUAUAUAUUGCUAAACCAAUAACAUGCCAGCUUGCAGCAUCCAAGAAAGCGAAAGCACAUACCGAAGUAGUGAAGCAUGGCACAUAAGAUUUGGUGCAUAUAUUUGAUAUGAAUUAUGCUGAGCAUUGUCCCUGUAUAAUUUGGAUGAUGAUGCAAUCUCUUGCUGAGUAUUCAUGUAUGAUUGGUGUUUCUUCUUAAUAUGGUUUUGUGACAAGUUAAUUUUUGCUUUCUUUUUCCAGCCAACUGCUUUACACUUUAGAAGAUAUUGGCGGGGAGUUAUCCACAGAAUAGUGGUUUAGAUGCCCCCUGUUUUGUACUUUCUCUGGAAAUACUAGUCACAUAUACUUUUACAAGAUUUCCAGAGAAACUGCCAAUAUUUCUCAAA